AUGGGACUGAUCGCAGCGACCACAGCUGCAAGCGCGUGGAUCAUGCGCGAUGUCGUCAACGAAGUGUUUGUGAACAAAGACCCUUUCAUGGUCUAUGCAAUCGGCGUGUUCGUUCUGGUGGUCUACACGGUCAAGGGAGUUGCCACUUACGGGCAGAUCGUCGUUUUGUCCCGCGUCGGGAACCAGAUUACAAAAGAUCUCAACGGCAGAAUGUUCGAUGUUUUGCUGCGUCAGGAUCAAGCUUAUUAUGACAAGCAUUCGCUAGCUGAAAUUGGCGUGCAGGUAGGGCAGGGCGUGGGAGCGGUACGCGCCACGUUGGAUCUGAUCGUCACCAGCCUCGGCCGCGAUGUCCUGACGUUGAUCGGGCUGACCUUUGUCAUGAUCUAUCAGAACCCGCUUCUGAGCGUCUUUGCCUUGAUCACGAUGCCACCGGCGGUCAUCGGAGUUACUUUCCUGAUCCGGCGGGUUAAGGAGUAUGUGAAGCGGCAGGUGGUUUCGAGCGCCAAGGUAAGUGCCGUCACGCAGGAAACCGUUCUUGGAAACCGAAUAGUGCGCGCAUUUGGAAUGCAAAAGGUCAUGCGCGACAAAAUGGAAGUCGGGCUUCUUGAAAUUCAAAAGCAGUCCAACAAGAUUGCCUCCCUGACGGCGCGCACUUCUCCGUUGAUGGAUACGCUCGGCGGAUGCGCCAUUGCGCUCGUAAUUUUCUAUGGCGGAUAUGCCGUGAUUGAACUCGGGCAGGAUCCGGGGGCUCUUUUCUCGUUCAUCACGGCAUUGUUGCUGGCCUACGACCCUGCGCGCCGGUUGGCCCGCCUGAACAUCAACCUGGGCAAGCAGAUGGUCGGAUUGCGCAUACUGUAUGCGCUCGUGGACCGGAAACCAGAGCUUCAUGAUGCGGAAAAUGCGCGGGAUCUCGAAAUAGAGAACGGAGAGAUCGUCUUCAGCGACGUGGCAUUUUCAUAUGGCGAAAACGCGGCUCUUCGUGGAACCAGCUUCAAGGCGGAAGCUGGCAAGAUGACGGCGUUGGUUGGUGCAUCUGGUGCCGGAAAAUCGACCGUAUUUGCAUUGGUGGAGCGGUUCUAUGAUCCGCAGUCCGGAGAGAUUCUCAUCGACGGCCAACCUAUCAGGGACGUCACCCAGGUCUCCUUGAGGAACAAGAUUGCCUAUGUCAGCCAGGAUUCGUUUCUGUUUGACCUCUCGAUCCGUGAAAAUAUCGCGAUCGGCCGGCCGGAUGCAACGCAGGAACAAAUCGAAGCUGCGGCCAUCGGAGCAAAUGCGCAUGAUUUUAUCAGCGCCUUGCCGGAGGGGUACAAAACGAGGGCGGGCCAGGGAGGCAGCAAUCUGUCCGGUGGCCAGAAACAACGGAUCGCAAUCGCGCGUGCGAUGUUGAUUGAUGCCCCGAUACUGCUUCUGGACGAGGCAACCUCUGCUCUGGAUGCAGAGUCGGAAAACAAGAUACAGACCGCACUCGAAAAACUGAUGCAAGGCCGCACAACCCUGGUCAUCGCUCACAGACUGAGCACGGUUCGUCACGCUCAUCAGAUUCAUGUCAUGGGCGACGGCAAGGUGAUUGAAAGCGGCAACCACAAUGAGUUGUUCGAACACGAUGGCAUCUAUCGCCGCCUGUGCGAGCUGCAGUUCCAGAGCAAGACAGAGGCAGCAGAAUAG